UUGUUUCAUUGCGAACCAAAUGCAAGAAAUACGAAUUCAGCGUGAAUUAAGACUUUUAAAUCGUUGGCAUUUUGAUUUUAGAUAGUUGUAUGAAUGAAUGUCAAGGAGGAUUGUUCGGUAAGUUUGUUGGGAUAAAGAAAACGCCGAAAAUGGUUAUAAAUGUGGAGAAAUUAUUAUGGUGGACAGUUCUAGCAAUUGUUAUUAUAAUAACUAUUGGAACAAGAUAUCACAAAGUCACUGAACCGGAUCACGUAUGUUGGGACGAGACCCAUUUUGGUAAAAUGGCCAGCUGGUAUAUUAAUCGGACAUUUUUUUUUGACGUUCACCCACCGCUGGGAAAGAUGCUGAUUGCUCUUUCUGGAUAUUUAUCGGGCUAUAACGGCAGGUUCCCGUUUGAUAAACCUGGCGACAAAUACAAUGGUACCCGCUAUGAGGGAAUGAGAUAUUUUUGUACUACUAUGGGAGCCUUGAUUGUACCAUUGGUUUUUGAUACUGUGCACGACUUCACACAAUCGAUAGGAGCUGCUGUUGUUGCUGCCGCAUACAUUAUGUUUGAUGUCGGCAUGUUGACCUUGAACCAAUACAUACUUCUGGAUCCCAUUCUUUUAUUUUUUAUGGUGGCAUCUGUUUGGGGAAUGGUAAAAGUGUCCAUUAAUACUAGUAAGGGAUAUUCUUACACGACCAAGUGGUGGUUCUUUCUUUUUUUUACUGGCACUAUGCUUGCAUGCACAAUCAGUGUGAAGUUCGUAGGACUUUUUGUGGUUUUGCUUGUUGGUUUUCAUACAGCUUUCGAAAUUUGGACAAUUUUAGGUGAUUUACAAAAACCUAUAAUGGAAACCCUUAAUCAGCUGUUAUGUCGAUCAUUGGCACUGAUUAUAUGGCCUAUUUGUUUGUAUUUAAUGUUUUUUUACAUACACCUGCAUAUUCUAAACCAUAGUGGCAAUGGCGAUGGCUUUUAUAGUUCGGCUUUUCAAUCCAGUCUUAUUGGUAAUUCACUCCACAAUGCUAGCAUGCCUCGCUAUGUGGCAUAUGGCAGUAUAGUAUCGAUUAAAAACCACAAAACUGGUGGUGGCUAUUUGCAUUCCCACCUACAUUUAUAUCCGAAAGGCAGUGGACCUAGACAACAACAGGUGACGUCUUACACCCACAAAGAUGAAAACAACGCAUGGCUAGUAAAACCAUACGAUAAAGAGCACUUAGAAAAGUUGUCCCUUGUUAAAAACGGCGAUCUUAUACGUUUGGAACAUAUAUUGACACAUCGCAAUCUUCAUUCGCAUAACGAACCAGCACCAAUUUCUAAAUCUCAUAUGCAAGUGACAGGAUAUGGCGAGAACGGCAUAGGCGAUGCAAAUGAUAUUUGGAAGGUAGUAAUAAUUGGUGGAAAUGCAAACGAUGUGGUCCAGACAGUUACUACAAAGUUUAUGCUGGUACAUUAUCUACAAGGGUGUGCUUUAGGAUCCUCUGGGAAACAAUUACCAAAGUGGGGCUUUGAGCAACAAGAAAUUACUUGCAAUGCGAACAUUCGAGAUCCCAAUACAAAAUGGAAUGUGGAAGACAAUAAAAACAAUAAUUUGACCAGUGAAAAUUUUAGCGUUUAUGCUCCCGGAUUUUUUGCCCGAUUUAUCGAGUCACAUGCCGUAAUGCUGCAGGGAAAUUCUGGGCUUAAACCAAAAGAAGGCGAAACGACAAGCCGCCCAUGGCAGUGGCCAAUCAAUUUGAAGGGACAAUUUUUCUCUGGAAAUGACUAUCGUAUUUACCUGUUGGGUAAUCCAAUAGUUUGGUGGAGUAACCUUAUAUUUCUGAAUUUCUUUGUAUUAUUGUUUGUAAUAAGGCAUAUAAUGCUUACAAGGCAAAAGGCUAAGCUCAAUAUAAUGCCCCCCAAAAUAACUCAUGGUAUACAUAACAUUGAACAUUAUGAGACAAUAUCAUCUACGGAAUCGUUAUUAACAAAUGAUAAAUCGACCAUCGGAUCCCAUAUGGAGGCUGCAUUUUGGUUAUAUAUCGGAUGGGCAAUUCACUACUUGCCAUUUUGGGCAAUGGGCCGUGUUCUAUACUUUCACCAUUACUUCCCUGCACUUGUGUUCAACUCAAUGCUUUCAGAAGCGAGACAUCCUCGAAAACACUUCUUUGGUAUCUUCCUAUCAGUGAUGCCAAUUUUUUUGUGAACAAUGGGAAAAAAUCACACCUAAAUGAGUCUAUAAUUCGCGAUUUCCGAUUGGUAAAAGGCAAAGGGUCUUGGUUUAUUAAGUAAAUUUUGGUGAUCUCAAAUUUAUCCCAGACAUAAUCUGAUAAAUCUUUAUAUAUUUUGAUCUUAAGUUAGAAAUACAUUGGGAUCGGAGUUUUUAUUGUAUAAUAAAACAGUGCUGCUAGAUAUAAUUAGAUCUACCCAUAUC